UGCUGGCAGGAGCCCAGCCUUCAAUUCCCAGCCCUGCAUUCACCCGAGGGCCCCCCUGGCUGCCCCAGAUGCCCUGGCGGCUCCCUCUACUGCUUUCAGGGCUGGUUGGCGGGUGCCGCGGUGUCGAGCGACUGCCCUGCGCACGGAUCUAGCCCCAGGCUGGGAGGGAGAACAGGCCGGCACCACCCACCACACGCCUGCCACAAGAUGCUGCUCCUGCUGCUGAGUGUGGUGCUAAUUCCAGCUCCUGGCUCUGGGGCGCUGGGACUCAACAGCACAACAGGCUGUGAGAUCAUCCACCCGCCGCGGGACGGGGGGAUCCGGUACCGGGGCCUCACCCCGGACCAGGUGCAGACAGUGCACUUCCUGCCCUUCGACUAUGAGAUCGAGUAUGUGUGCCGGCCCGACCGCGAGAUCGUGGGGCCCAAGGUGCGCAAGUGUCUGCCCAACGGGACCUGGACUGAGAUGGGCCAUGCCAGCCGCUGCCUGCGGACCUGUCCCAAGAUACACCUGAGCUUGGAGAACGGGCAGGCGGUGCCACGCGGCAUGGAGCGGGUGCCUGUGGAGGGCACCUGGGUGGAAUAUCACUGCAACCCCGGCUUCCGCCUGGUGGGUAGCGCCCGCAGCAACUGUACCAAGGUGGGGAGCUGGAGCUUCCCCAAACCUAUCUGCGAACGUGAGUCAGGGCACGGGGGGAGGUGA